CUAUUUUACCAUGGUCUUCUUCUGCGCAGUGUGUCCCGGGUCUGUCCUGUGAUGAAGUUGACCUUCCUUAUGACUUUUUUUGGUGGAUGGCUUAGAGAGGGACCCCGACCACUAUGGACUCGGAAAACAUCUCCAGCAGUUCUGCCAUACACACCGAUAAACCUGAGCGUCCUCCGAAGUUAUGGAAUCUCCUCUGGCCGUCCUUGUACAGUGCUGUCAACUCAGUGCAGUUUGCUUUUCAUGCGGAAAAAAGUAAUAAAGAGUAGGUUCAUUAUUAUGUCACGCAUUACGAAUUCUAUGGGACCGACAUGAAAAAUAAUUUUAUUUGAAUACACUGCUAGACCGAACUAUUAAAAGCAAAGCCUCAAAAUCCCGUGAACAGCGGUGUUUAAACGCGGCUUAGCCCUAAACCUGCACGCCACGCCCAAAACUUUAAUUUUAACAUCCCAUAAAAGCAUGAACACUGAUGCACCUCUGUAAUCUGGGCGACGUGCUACGGCAGAAGUGCGGUUACUGCGCAGACAAUUAAACGACUAAUUUACGAGAUCGCAUCACAGGUAAAUAUCGCCUAAAUAUAUCUUAAACGCAUAAUCGAUAACAAUCCGUUGAUUAUAUGUCUAGUUUUCUUCCAGAAUGGAUGACAGACUAGUUUUUGCAGCCGUCUUGAUGAUGGGCAACUUGGUAACUUUGGCCGAAGCACAGUCUUCAUGCUUGUUUAACACCACUACCUUCACAGACCCGAACUUGACGUCCACAGAUUGUGGGAAGCUCAAGAUGUGUGUGUCUAUUCCCUCGUCAUGUGACCUGGAAAGCAGUAGCUGCACUUUCUUAUCAAUCAUCACUGCGGGCGCAGGCACGUUUUCCAUCGAGCUGCAGGGACAAUCUUCAGGCUUCGUCGCAGUAUUGCUAUCACAAAGCCAAGCGAACGGUGUUGAUUUUGGCUUCGUCUCCUCGCAGAGUAAUUCAGGUGUCUGCUUCAACUUGAUUAGGAACGGAACACUGCUUACAACGGCCCUUCCAGCAGGCCUAAGUGUUAUCGCCUCAAUCAGCGAGGACGUCAUUAAAUGCAGCAUCGUGAGCCCUCUAGACCCCACAGUCUUCACCAAUACAACCCCUACCAGCUUUUUUGUCUCCAUCGCUACUGGAACCUUGAAUGGCAGUAGCCUAGGAACCUUACAUUACCUGUACGCCAGUAUGACUAAGCUGGACCUAACCAACCCCACAAGUGGUGCAGUCAUGCAGUGUCUGUCAGCUGUGAUGAGCUUGCUCAGUUUCACGAUCGUCCAGCUGCUGUGAGGAGCUGUAGCGUGGGUCAUGUGGUUCUCUAGAGCCGAAACAAACACGGUCAGGACCACCAAGCUCUGGCAGGAAUCCAUUACUCCGCAGCGGCGUUCGACUUUGAUGCUUCAUUUGCACUAAAAUAUUCAGUAGAGAUCAGCCCUAUUGAAGCGUGGGGAGUGAACUUUUAUUUGUAAUUUGUACAUAAGGCAGUUUAUGACUUAAACAGUAUCACGAUGUGCUAAUGGAAUGCAUGCUCAUCCUGUUUUUAAAUCUGGGGGGGGGGGGGGGGCGGCGAUUGGAACGGUGUCACCCACUGCCUGUAUGUUCCACCCCUUUAAUAUGCGAGUGACCCACCGGGUACCAAUGACACAUAACACCCUUCACCCCCUACCUGGCCCUGCGGUAACGGAGGUGCGAAUAGAGCUGAACAAACAACACCUGGGCAGAGAUCCUAUUGUAUCGUUUGAGUCGUAUUUUUUGCACGUGCUCUCAAGCUUUCUCGGCAUCCACGUUUGUCAAUAAAGGACAGCCGAUUCAACCAUC